CUCUCCUCUCCCUUCACCACUCUCAUUCUCUAUUUCUCUCUCCCUUGUUUUUUCUCUGCGAGAAAACGUUUUCCCCUUUCGAAGACCUUUUUCUUCUUUCCCGAGAGAUAAUGCAGAGGAUACAAGCUGCGGUUUUCGCCAUCGAAGUUAAUUGAAGCUAACUGCCCAGCUGAUCAUAAUCUGUGCCAAAGGCCUGUCAUAUCAACAGCCAGUCAAGUGUCCAGUUUGAGCUUUAUCUGUAUCAUGGGAACCAGUGAAGACGCAAAGUCUGUGAAGACUGAAAAACAAUCUUCACCAGCGCCGGAUCAGAAUUGUGUGUCGAAUUCUGCCAGUAUUCAUGUAUUUCCUGAUUGGGCAGCCAUGCAGGCAUAUUAUGGUCCUAGAGUUGCAGUUCCACCAUACUACAAUUCUGCUGUGGCUUCAGGUCAUGCUCCUCACCCUUAUAUGUGGGGCCCACCACAGAUGAUUCCUCCAUAUGGUACUCCUUACGCAGCAAUCUAUUCUCAUGGAGGUGUUUAUGCACAUCCUGCAGUUUCAAUGGGACCACAGUCACAUGGCCCUGGUGGUGUUCCUUCAUCACCUGCUCAGGCCGUGACUCCUUUGAGCAUUGAAACUCCUUCUAAGGUGUCUGGAAGUAGUAGUCAAGGUUUAAUGAAGAAAUUGAAAGGUUUCGAUGGCCUGGCUAUGUCCAUAGGCAAUGUUAGCACUGAGAGUGCUGCUGGGGGAGUUGAGCAUGGACCAUCGGAGAGUAUGGAAACUGAAGGUUCCAGUGAUGGAAGUGAUGGAACUACUGCUGGGGCAAAUCAAACCAAAAGGAAACGAAGCCGUGAGGGAACACCUAUCACUGGUAAGGAUGCAAAAAUUGAGCCACAGGCAAGUCCAGUUACUGCUGCUGAAAUUAAUGAAAGCCCUAGCAAGUUAUUGGGCACAACCAAAGCAGCUGAUGCGACUGGAAAACUUGGAUCUGUGAUUUCCCCUGGAAUGUCUACAGCAUUGGAACUGAGGAAUCCUUCUAGUAUAAACGCGAUGACAAGUCCGACUAGCAUUCCACCUUGUUCAGUAUUGCCUUCUGAAGUCUGGCUCCAGAAUGAAAAAGAACUGAAACGGGAAAGGAGAAAACAGUCAAAUAGAGAAUCCGCUAGGAGGUCAAGGUUGAGGAAGCAGGCUGAGGCAGAAGAACUAGCUCAUAAAGUUGAUUCACUGACUGCGGAGAAUGUUGCUAUUCGAUCUGAAAUAAAAAGAUUGUCGGAGAACUCUGAGAAAAUUAAGAAAGAAAACGCUACAUUGAUGAUAAAGCUUAAAAGCGCUCAAUCAGGACGAUCCGAAGCUUUAGACAUGAAUGAAAAGAGGAUGCAACAGCCUGUAAGCACAGAAAUCAAAGGACCUGUGAAUAAAAGCAUUAAAGAAGAGAGUAACAUCUGCAAGAAAAACUCGAGUUCGGGUGCAAAACUGUGCCAGCUCUUGGACACGAGUUCAAGGGCGGACGCAGUCGCUGCUAGCUAAAAAGAACCAGUUUAGUUGCAGUUUCUUUUUCAUGUGGUUUUGGCAUAUUACAAGCCCAAAAUUACUGCUAACAAAAAAGAAAAAAAAAAUUACAAAGAAUGAGAACAGCUGAAUAGGAUGGUCUGUGAGGAUGGGCAGACUCUAAUUUUAAUGGUUAGUUUCUGAAAUAGUUUGUAUUAUUAUGUGUAACUAUAAAUGAAUAUUGGGGUUGGCAAGCAACUGCUACUGCAAUGCAGUGAACAAUUUGAUGUAAUCGUUAGGGAUUAGAGAUUUUUAGCUUUAGAUCUCUAUGCGCACCUCGUGCUAGGUGAUAUCAUCAAUUGCUGGGUUCAAGCUGAACCCUUUUAUGUAUUGUCAAUGAAAAUUUCCAUAUUUUCUACCCUA